GCGGAGUUUCAUACCGAACCAGACGCUCCUUUUGUCGGAUCCGUUUCGACCUGACUCCCCGGGGUUUACUGCCGAAAAAAAGACACUUUAAGAUCCAUAAAACCAAUAACUCGACUUUAGUUUUGAUUAAUAACAUCGCGUGUUCAUUACUGACAGGAAAGACCGCAUCAGAGACCCGGCAAGUCCACCGGGAGCUGCCCAGCCUCUCACCGCCAUGAACGGCAACAGCAGCGUUCCCGGCGCCUCCCAGGCCUCGCGCGUCAAGGCUGAGCCAGACGCGUGGACCAAGGAGGAGUGUCUGACGCUGUUGGAGAGGAUCCGUACCAUGCUGCCCGACACAGACGGGAUGAAGUACAAGACCACAGAGGCGCACUUCGACUGGGAAAAGAUCGGCUUCGGCGCCUUCACCGGCGACAUGUGCAAGCAGAAGUGGCAUAAGGUCUCUACCGAGGUGCGGAAGUACCGGACGAUGACGGAGCUCAUCAUCGAUGCCACAGAGUACGUGAAGAACCCGUACAAGGGGAAGAAGCUGAAGACGCACCCAGACUUCCCGAAGAAGCCCCUGACCCCCUACUUCCGCUUCUUCAUGGAGAAGCGGGCCAAGUACGCCAAGAUCCACCCAGAGAUGAGCAACCUGGACCUCACCAAGAUCCUCUCCAAGAAAUACAAAGAGCUACCAGAGAAGAAGAAGUUGAAGUACAUCCAGGAGUUCCAGCGGGAGAAGGAGUCCUUCGAGAAGAACAUGGCGCGCUUCAAAGAGGAUCACCCUGAGUUGAUCGAGGAGAGGAAGAAGUCAGACCUCCCAGAGAAGCCCAAGACUCCCCAGCAGCUGUGGUACAACCACGAGAAGAAGACCUACAUGAAGCUACACCCAGACGUGAGUCAGAAGGAGCUGAAGGAGGCCCUGCGCAGACAGUGGUCCCAGCUCUCCGACAAGAAGCGCCUCAAGUGGAUCAGCAAAGCCCUGGAGCUGCAGAAGGACUACGAGGGCAGUAUGCGGGCGUACCACGAGGCGCACCCCGAGUCCAACUCCGACGAACACGUCAAGUCCGUCCUGACCAAGGCCGAGCGUCAGCUGAAGGACAAGUUCGACGGACGGCCCACCAAGCCCCCUCCGAAUGGCUACUCCCUGUACUGUGCGGAGCUGAUGGUGAACAUGAAGGACGUGCCCAGUACGGAGCGCAUGGUGCUCUGCAGCAAGCAGUGGAAGAUGAUGACGCAGAAGGAGAAGGACAUGUUCCAGAAGCGCUGUGAGCAGAAAAAGAAGCAGUAUGAAGUGGACCUGCAGAGGUUUCUCGAGAGCCUGCCGGUGGAGGAACGGGACCGGGUCCUGACCGAGGAGAAGCUGGGGGGGUCCCGGCUCGGGCUGGGGAACACAGGCAACUCCCUUACUGCCAAAUCCCCAGCAACCAAGGACCGCUGUCCUGACGUGGAGCAGUGGGCGCCCGGCCUCACCAAAGACAAGCGCGACGGAAAGAAGCGCACGCGCCUCCCCGAGACGCCCAAGACGGCCGAGGAGAUGUGGCAGCAGAGCGUCAUCGGAGACUACCUGGCCAAGUACAGGAACGACAGAAAGAAAGCUCAGAGCGCCAUGGAGUCGGCCUGGAAGUCCAUGGAGAAGAAGGAGAAGAUCCCGUGGAUCAAAAAGGCGGCCGAAGACCAGAAGAGAUACGAGGUUCAGUACCGGCCUGUGAGGGAGUUGCUGGAGAUGAGGACGCCUCAGGCAGGACAGGGGCAGAGGAAACCAAAAUUUGACGGGGAACCAAAGAAGCCCCCUGUGAGCGGCUACCAGAUGUUCUCCCAGGAGCUGCUGACCAACGGGGAGCUGAACCACUUCAGCCUGAAGGAGCGCAUGGUGGAGAUCGGCAAGCGCUGGCACAAGCUCAGCCAGAGCCAGAAGGACAAGUACAAGAAGCUGGUGGAGCAGCAGCAGCUGGAGUACAAGGCCGACCUGGAGGUCUGGGUCAAGUCCCUCUCUCCCCAGGAGCGAGCGGUGUACAAGGAGUUUUCCACCACGAAGCGACGCAGCACCACCAAGGCACGGGCGCCGGCGGCCAAGGUCCGGGUGGUGAAGGGGAAGGCGGUAGGUGCCAGAGCCGCAGGACUGGGGGCCGGGGGGGGCAGGCGUGCGAUGGCGUACCGGGCCAAGCAGGACACAUCGGACUCAGAGGAAGACGACAAAACCGACUCGUCCGAUUCUGAGGAUGACGACGAUGAAGACUCUUCAGGAAGCACAGACAGCGACGAUGACGACGAGAACGAUGACGAUGACGAAGAGGAUGACGAAGACGACGACGACGACCAAUCGGACGGAUCCAGCAGCUCGUCCACAGACAGCAGUGACUCCGACUCCGAUUAGCCCCGCCCCACAGGAGGAGGGGCUGUGCGGGAUGGGAGAGGUGUCGGGGUCCUCCUAAAAGCUGGCGGCACCGAUUCUCCCUCCGCCCCUGCCCCGCUCCGAAACUGACCGAGACAGAGGGACAGGGCUGGCACCCCCCCCCUCUUCCUCAGAGACUCUUACGCGAUUGGACGAUUUCUCUUUUAAAGGAGGCGUGUUACAUGUGUGUCGCUUUUUUUAUUGCCUUUCUUGAGGUGUUCUGAAAGACCAUGUUGGCCAUUGUGUUUUUUCUUUUUGUUUUUUUUUUUUUGUUUGUUUUUACAUGAAACGGAAAUGCUGAAACACCCGAGGCAUUGGGACAUGUCAGGUUUGUGCUGCGGUGUGGGCGGGGAGCGAUGCCGUCUCCCCAAAGCCCUUGUCUACCGCGCGUGUCAUUUUUCCACAUGCCAGAAGAAGGGGCUCGUUUUCGUACUCCGUGGACACGUUUCUGGGGAAAAUUGAUAAUAAAUGCACUUUUUUUUUCUUGUAUUAA